GACCGGUUAGGAGCGAGCGUGCGAACAUGUUGUGGAAAGGCAAGCCUUUACAUCUGCCAUGUGUUUCUUUGGGGACAUUCAUGACGGAAAGGUUCGAUCAGCUUGGAGAAAAGGUUGCCUUGGUCGACUCGAACACUGGCCGUUCCAUGUCUUACCGCGAGCUCUCUGCCACAAUCCGACGUCUGGCCCGUGGACUUAGUAACCUCGGAUUCAAGAGAGGCGACGUUCUCUGUAUCUUCUCCCCGAAUGUCAUUGAAUAUCCAAUCGUGUUCUACGCAGUUGCCUCCCUUGGUGGUGUACUACAAGCGACCAACCCGCUCUACAAUGCAGAUGAACUCAAACACACCUUCGACAUCUGUCACAGCAAGUUCCUUCUGACCCUACCGGAUAUGCUACCAGUUGUCAAACAGGCCCAGGGUCACACCAUCCAGAAGGUUAUCGUGCUGGGUAAGGCUGAAGGGUGUGUCAGUUUCUCCUCUCUCAUCACGUCCGAUAUUUCCGAUGCACCAAUCAGCGACCGAGGCAUCGACCCGAAGAACGACGUCGCGGCAAUCUUAUUUUCUAGUGGCACGACCGGAAAACCAAAAGCGGUGCAGAUAUGCCACUAUGCAAUGACCUCCAACGUGCUACAAAUGUUGGAGCCGGGAAACCUGACUGACAAAGACUCCUACGUGACGUUCCUACCCUUCUUCCACAUCUAUGGACUUGUUACUAUCAUCUCCGCCGGCUUGUACAGCGGGGCCAAGAACGUGGUCAUGUCCAGGUUCGAGAUCCACGAGUACCUGCGCAACAUACAGGAACACAGGGCAACCGUGCUGCAUCUGGUACCCCCGGUGAUGGUUCUGCUGACCACCCUGCCUGCUGCAAGACAGUAUGACCUGGGUAGUGUCCACCGAGUCAUCUGUGGAGCAGCGCCCCUCAGUCAGGACAUCGAAGGGAAGAUUCUAAAGAUAUUCAACAUCAAACAUGUAACACAGGGCUUCGGAAUGACAGAAUGUUUGGUGACUCACUUGUCACUGGAUGAGAAGCACAGGUUCGGAUCGGUGGGGAUUGCUAUUGCAGGAGCUGAGUGUAAGAUAGUCGACCUGGAGACCGGCAAGGCCCUACCCGCAAACAGAGAGGGUGAGCUAUAUGUACGAGGACCAAGCUUGAUGAAAGGGUACCUGUCGAACCCUGUUGCCACGAGGGCCAUGAUUACCGAGGAUGGGUGGAUGAAGACAGGUGAUGUUGGCUAUGUUGAUGAUGACGGGUUUCUCUUCAUUGUUGACCGACUGAAGGAGCUCAUCAAAUACAAGGGAUUCCAGGUGGCGCCAGCUGAACUGGAGGACAUGCUGUUGAGUCACCCCGGCGUGGCAGAUGUCGGUGUCAUCGGUAUCCCGGAUGUCGAGGCAGGAGAGUUGCCCAAAGCGUUUGUUGUCAGGAAGCCGGGGUCAAGGACAACAGAACAAGAACUGCAAGAUUUUGUGAAAGGCAGGAAACACCAUUUUUUACGUACAACUGGGAGCCUGUCUUUUCCUUUAUUUGAUGUUUAUUGUAAAGUAUCGGGGACCAAAAGACUCAGGGGAGGAGUGACCUUUCUUCAAGUAAUUCCAAAGAGCGCCAGCGGCAAGAUCCUCAGAAGAAUACUUCGAGACAUGGAAAAAAACACUCGAUCAAAGUUAUGCAGAUGGCCGACACAGAUGCAGAUGACCGACACAGACGCAGAUGACCGACACAGAUUCAGAUGGCCGACACAGACGCAGAUGACCGACACAGAUUCAGAUGGCCGACAUAGACGCAGAUCACCGACAGACGCAGAUCACCGACUAGGAUGCAGAUGGCCGACACAGACGCAGAUCACCGACACAGACGCAGAUCACCGACUAGGAUGCAGAUGGCCGACACAGAUGCAGAUGACCGGCACAGACCCCUGUGAUCGUGGCCUCGCCACGGUGGUGUUUCUAGGUUUGUCAACACUUAACCGCUUUAGUGGGUUUCACCAAAUCGGUAAACUAUGA